GUUAGCGUCCUGCCGUAUCUGACAAACCUGGUGAUGAGUGAAGACCUGAGAGCUCAACCAGACCAGCUGAUGGCUGAAUACUAGUACAGCACUGGAUAAUUUUUAAACAUGAUAAAUUUGCCAUUUACAGUCAGGCUUCAGGAGGAGUCUGUUUGAGAACCCAAAGUGGCUACCAUGAACACUGCGGCGCUUCAGCGUCCGGAGGCUCCGAGCUCUUUGUGAUGGUACCAGGGAAGAGGAAGACUGCGGUAAAAAAGAAAACCAACCUCCGUCCAUGCCAGUUAAAAACAGCUGGAAUGGAGAAAGUUUCCGGUGAAAUGUUCUUCAUUCUUGCUGGAUUGAAUGAGACAAGGGGAGACAAAAACAUCUACUUUGGCUUUUCUUUUGUGUCCUACCUCUGUACGCUUUUUGUAAAUCUGUCUCUCAUACUAAUCAUUUCCACAGAGAAGAUUCUCCAUGAGCCCAUGUUCAUCUUCCUGUGUAAUCUCUGUGUUAAUGGCAUUUUUGGGGCUACUAGUUUCUACCCCAAGAUUCUCAUUGACCUCAUGUCAGAUUCUUACGUUAUUUCAUACACCGCAUGUAUAGUUCAAAUUUUUGCAGUCCACACUUAUUUCAUGUCUGAACUGACCAAUCUGACAGUGAUGGCUUAUGACAGGGCAUCCAUAAGAUCCAGGGCAGAACAGAAGAAGUUCAUGGAGACCUGCCUGCCCCACCUGCUCACUCUGAUAAACUUCAUUCUGUCUAUCUUUUUUGACGUCAUGUACGCACGCUAUGGCUCCAGCAGCAGCCUUCUGCCCCUCCGUAACGUGCUCUCUAUAGAGUACCUCGUCGUUCCUCCCCUGUUGAACCCCCUCAUUUACGGCCUCAAGCUGAAGCAGAUUCGUCGCAGUGUCUGGAGGCUGCUGUAUAGAAAAGUCAGUGUGCUGACAUAGAUCUCUCGUUAACUGUUACGGAAACUAUGAAAGUGGAUCAACAUUUUGUCUGACUGUUGGCGUAUCUCUUCUCUGUGAAGUUAUUAAAAUCAUAUUUAGAUACCAUGUCUGUAAGGUAGUGAUGUCAGGAACAUGUGCGCUGAUUCCCUCUUCUCCGUGUGGGGGGGGCUCUGCACUCCCUGGGCUGCUCUGGUUUCCCCUGGAUGCUGAGGAUUCCUAGUUCUGUCCAAUCAUAUGAAGUGAGGGGAUCUGGCGUCUCUAAAUCACCCAGAGCAUGUGACUGUCUGAGAGUGUCAAUAAGCGCAUGUUUCAGUGAACUGGAGUCCCAUCCAGUAUCUACCCUGGCCUGGUGCCAUAUUCUCCCUGUGAUUGGCUUCAGCCCCACCCUGCCACAACCCACAACACGUCUGUUGCUGCUGUGUUGGUAAAGAUUAGUCUUCUCACAGCUCAGGGCUAAAAGGUAAAGAACGUUGCAGUACAUAGAAUGCAGCUCAGUGCACACCGCAUUUUGCAGUGACGACAGCACUAAGCAAUGUGUGGGCCUACAGCUGCCUGCCAAAGGGUGAAGAGGCAGUGAUAUUUACCAAGCUGCUUAUUUUUGUGAGGUGAUUAAAAAAGUGUAUGGUCUCCUUGGUAACAGUCCCAUAGGUAACAUUUCCCCAUUAAAAUUAAAUCUUGGAAUAAUCACCCGCAUGAUUGUUGAAUAUUAUUUGCACAGUGUGGGACCUCAUUUUAAUAAAGUUUC